CAUGCGACAGGAGCACUGGCGAUGGAAGGACGAGAAGAGCGGAGUUUGCAGACAAAUGUGAUCACGUGAAAAUCCUUCACGUUUGUUGAUUCUAGUGGUUUGGAUGAACCGAGAUGUAGCAAAGUAGCGGCGUGCGCGUGCCACAUAAAAGUCGGGAAUAUGCGGCGGCAGAACUUUGUCAGAUGACGGUAGAGAAAAGAGACCUGUCAAGCGCUUCAGUCUCCACGCCGAAUGAUUCGACCAAUGAGAUCAGCUUGGAUGUCGAUUUCAAUGGGGAGAGAGCCGGUUGGGACACAAUCUCCUCGAACGACAUAAACCCAACGGGAGAGCAUGUUCUCGGGUUGACCGCUAGUGAACAAGACUUCGUGGUUCCAGAUCAGGACCCUCUUUUAUCUAGACAGAGUCAGAAACCGGAACAGGUGCAGAAAGAGAAGAGUCCUGUAACUCGUUCUCCUAUCCCAGAUGCAGCCGAAAUGGAAGAGACUGUGAGGGGUGGGUUAGACGACUACCUGCAAAUGUUCUUCGGAACCAAGGAACUGGUAGAAAAGGACGGUACUGUUCAACCUAAAGCCGGCCAUUGGGAACGAUGCAAAUUCGGAGAAUCGUGCACCGCAAUGGAGUCCGUUCCACUCCCCAAGGGAACCUCCACAGACAGGAAGGAGGCUGAGCUCGAUCUCUUUUAUUCAAUCCUUUAUUCACUCCUUACGCAUAUCACGUCAGUGCACUCUGAUGAUGCGCGGCGUCCGUUGCGGUUGAUACGGUUCAAGAUGAGUACUCUUUGUGUUCAGCGGAAUGAGAGAAUAAUGUUCCUUAAGAGGUCACAGACGAGUGAGUCUGUCGACAAACAUAAAGCUGCGCACUGA